AUGGAGUAUGUGUCUUCUGUGUCAUACUCCUUAGUCCUAAAUGGGGGUUUAACUGAUCCUUUCCAAGGCAAAAGGGGGAUAAGACAAGGGGACCCUAUGUCCCUUUAUCUUUUUGUAAUAGCCAUGGAAUACGUCCAAAGAGAACUAGUCACUUUGCAGAAACACAAGGAGUUCAAAUACCAUCCAAGGUGCAAAAAAAUGGAGGUGGUUCACAUCUGCUUUGCAGAUGACUUGCUAAUGUUUUGCAAGACAGAUGUGAAGUCCAUUCAAAUGCUACAAGGUGCCUUUCAGAGAUUUUCUGCAGCAUCAGGGCUAGAGGCUAACAGGGACAAAAGCUCUAUCUAUAUGUCAGGGACUUACUGGGCUCAAAUUUUUGUUCUUCCAAAAAGAAUACUGAAAAUGAUUGAGAGUAUAUGUCGAACUUAUUUGUGGACUGGAUCUGUUGCUGCUUCAAGGAAGUCAUUGAUCUCAUGGGCUAAAAUGUGUAUGCCAAAAGCUGUAGGAGGGCAAAAUAUAUCGAAUCUGGAGCAAUGGAAUCAUGCUGCUAUACUGAAGCAACUAUGGGCUAUAAGCAGUAAAAAAGAUUGCUUAUGGAUUAAACGGAUCACUGAAUACUAUAUGAAAGGGGAAACUGUAGACUCUUGUGUUAUCCCUAUUAAUGCUACACGGGUGAUCAGGAAAAACUUGAAGCUAGGAAAUACAUGGUACAGUACGCAAUUAGGCCAGGGCACAGUUUCUGGGGAUCAGGAGGCAAUGGUCUCUCAUGGGAGGUUCUCCAUCAAGAGAAUGUACUUGCACCUUAUGCCUCAAUACCAAAAAGUCAACUGGAAGAGUUUAGCACUACAACAAAACAUUCAUCCAAGACAUAAGUUCAUUAUUUGGCUGGCAGCAUGGGGUAGGCUUACAACUGUGGAUAGACUACUCAAAAUAGGAAUACAUGUGCCAAUGGAGUUGUUGAUAUGGUUAGGUUUCACCAGGUCAAUUGGUACUUGGCAAGAAGAAUUACAAGGGGUUUCACAUUGGACAAUUCAACAGCAACAGGUUGUGCAAGGAGAUAGCCAUUCAUAUACAUAUCAUAGGGAGCAAGCUGCAGAAGUCGAAGAUAACCCUGGACUCUUUGAAUUAUAUGCCAUAACUGCUGCUGAUGGGGAAAAUAUCAGGAUCGAAGUUAGGGACAUGACCAGCGACCGGGAAAAGCACCCUUAG